AAUUGUAAUCAUAUUAUUGAGAAUAGGAGCCCUAUAUAUAGGGAUUACAAAGUACAUAUUCUAAUGUUACAAGGAAUACUAAUCCGAGUAGGAUUAGGAAUUCUAGAACAUUCUCUCCUAUUACUACUCCUAGUUUGAUAAGGCACACUAAAUCGAUUUUCCUUCAACAGUUCCAAUAAUAAUUUACAAAAAUAAAUAAAUGAAGUUUUCAAAAUGGAGUUCAUCACAUUAUAAUACAAAACACCAGAUAUACAUAUCUAAACGCAUCUGCAUAUGCUUCCCUAUAUAACCUAAUUCCUAUUCCGACAUCCUACGGUACCUUGUACAUGGGCAGACCAUCAUUCACACUUGUCUCAAAGAAGAAUCUCAAUAUCAAAACCCACAAACACCAUGAACACUGCCUAUGAAUCAUAUAUGCUGUUAUGUAAGAAGUUGAAGUGGCAACUUCCAACUCUAACAGCUUCCAGUGCAGUUCACAAAAAUUGACGAUUAUGGUGCAAAAAUAACUGCAAUGAAGGUUUUUCAAGUCCAAAUUCAUAGUAAAGUGCAAAGAUAAUUCAACCAUUGCCAACAGGUGAAGUAGAAGAUAGUUCAAUCUGCGGAUUUCAACUGCAAGUGCCCACGACAACAAUCUACCACCAUUCUGCCAAUUCCCUGGACAAAAUAUGACUCAAACGGCCCUGAAUUAUGACAGCUUAUUUCCUGAACCAAGUCUUCAAAAGGUUUCUGCAAAAUAAACUAUAUAAUUAUAUAGCCAAUAGAUAGCUUAAAGCACAUGUGAACUACAAAAAUAACAAUAUUGGAAACAACGGAUGCAGGCAAGUUCAAUGUCAGAUUCAGUCAAAAGUCACCAGAAGCAAAAGAAAAAAGUUAAAACAGAUUUGCAAUGUGGGCAUUUGCAAGAAGCUAUUUAAUAAUAGACAGAAUCUGCCGAUUUUUCUUGCAAUAAGAUGCUGUUAUGCUACUCAAUCACUUAUUGCAGCCAAACUUGUUUCUGUUCGUACUCAACAACAAUGUCUUGCCACCCAAGUCUCUAUCUAGCAUUAUUUUCUUAGCUAGGGAAAUCGCUACCUUACAUUAUUAAAACCCAGUCGUUCCACGUUAUAAGCUCUCAUUUCCAGUUCUAGUUCUUCAUCAUCAUCAUCAUUGUGUUUUCUGUGUGCAUUAUAGCUAAUCUCUUGCAAGUCCCCAUGGAAACCAAAACUGAUCAGCAGCUUCACAUUUUCUUCCUUCCCUUUAUGGCUCAAGGCCACACUUUACCCAUGAUAGACAUAGCCAAACUAUUUGCUUCACGUGGUGUAAAAUCCACCUUAAUAACCACCCCUGUCAAUGCACCACUUUUCUCCAAAGCAAUCCAAACUAGCAAAAGUUUGGGUUUCAAAAUCGAACUUCUUGUCAUCAAAUUUCCAUCUACUGAAGUCGGGUUGCCUGAAGGAAUUGAAAGAACUAACUGUCGUAAAAACCAAGAGCAGGUGGAAAAGUACUUCAAAGCCAUUACCCUGCUUGAGCAACAGGUUGAGCCGAUUUUAGACCAACAUCGUCCUCACUGUCUUGUUGCAGACUCUAUGUUUCCUUGGGCUACAGAUGUUGCCGCCGAGUUUGGGAUUCCAAGGAUCAUCUUUCAUGGACCCGGGUUUUUUUUCUUGUGUGCUUCAACUACUGUGAUGCGGUACCAACCUCACAGGGAGGUUUUAUCUGAUUCAGAAUCAUUUGUUAUUCCUGGUCUCCCAGAUGAGAUCAAGAUGACAAAAAACAAAUUAGCUCCUUUUCUUACUCUAGAUGGUGAGUCAGAACUCAUCAAGUUGGUCAAAGCAUCCAGAGAGGCCGAGGAAAGGAGCUACGGGAUUAUUGUAAACUGCUACUAUGAACUUGAAGCUGAUUAUGUAGAUCACUAUAGGAAGGCGCUGGGGAAGAAGUCAUGGCAUAUUGGCCCGGUUUCUUUAUGCGAAACAGAAAAAGAUAAAGCAGAGAGGGGAAGGGAAGGCUCAGUUGAUGAAGUACAUGAGUGCUUGAACUGGCUUAAUUCUAAGAAAGCCAAUUCUGUAGUUUAUAUAUGUUUUGGAAGCCUGACCAAUUUUGGUGAUUGUCAGCUCUUAGAAAUUGCCUUGGCUCUUCAAGCUUCUCGACAGCAAUUCAUUUGGGUUGUGAAGACAGAAAAGAAUGAUAAAGAAGAGUGGUUGCCUGAAGAAUUUGAGCAGAGAGUGGAAGGAAAGGGAUUGAUUAUAAGAGGUUGGGCUCCCCAACUACUGAUUCUACAACAUGAAGCAGUUGGGGCCUUUCUCACUCAUUGUGGGUGGAACUCAACCCUUGAAGGAGUGUGUGCUGGGGUGCCAAUGAUCACGUGGCCAGUAAACGCAGAUCAGUUUUACAAUGAGAAGUUGGUGACUGAGAUACUUGGGAUUGGAGUUGCUAUUGGUGUUCAAAAGUGGGAGCAUGUUAGUGUGAAAAGCAAAGCCAGUGUGAAGAAGGAGACCAUAGAGAAGGCUUUGACUGGAUUCAUGGUCGGUGAUGAAAAAGAGGAAAUCAGAAGCAAAGUUCUUGUGCUCAGAGAGCUCGCAAGGAGGGCAGUUGAAGAUGGUGGUUCAUCGUUCUCGGAUUUAACUGCUCUAAUUGAAGAGUUGAAGUCUCUCGGGUCUUGAUUCUUUUGAAGCA